AUGGGAAAGGAUUCGCUUCCCAGGGACCUGGCCUGGGUCCCCGAGCUGUGUCGGAGCACUUACUUUCUACCGUGCCCAAACCACCAGGUCUCGACCGGCAAAGGGGAGCUCACCAAUCUGUUCUGCUUGAAGACCCAGGAGACCCUAUGUUCGAGCUGUGCCGGCGGUAGGGAGGUGGUCCAGGUGAGCGCUCGCACGUCCUUUCACGCUCGAAUUUCGAUCCGGUUUUCGAUCGGCAAGAUGACUUACUUCGUGAACGUCUCGUCCGCGGCGUCGAACGUGACAUUUUCGCGCCGUGCCGACGUCGACGCCGCGUUUCCGGCGCGCGACCCCGCAGGGUUUUUUCGCAUCGGUGUUCUUCUUUCGUUGGUCCUCUCGCCGGGCUCGAGCACCGACUCUCCGAGGGUCUCCUCCGGGGACGACCGAUCUCGCGGUCACGCGACCGGAGAGAUCGCGCGAUGCCCGGUCUGUGAGAUCGCGACUCGGAUGAGGAUCUCUGGGUGGCGUCGCAUCGUCCGUCGACGUGCUCGUCGACGCGGACCAACCCCCAAGACCCCGUCGACCGGCGAAGACGAGAACUGCAUUUGUUCCUCUUUGGCGUGUUCGCGGGCGGUGGUAUCGACGGCAGCCUUUUUAUCCAUCGGGGACGCCGCCUCCCCCCGCGCGCUCCGCGCGUCCUCGUACCACAACGUGGUCAGGGUGCAAGAUGUGUGCGAGCUGAUGGACGUUCGAUACAUCCAGACGUACGUCAUCAACAGCGCGAGGGUGGUGUUCCUGUCCGAGCGACCGCAUCCGAGGGGUAAGAAGGACGGGGCGAAGGACGACGCGUCGGCGUCGGCGUCGUCGAGCCGGAGGUCCAAGGCGAAGGAUGUGGACAAGAAGUACAGCGCGUGCGCGCACUGCGCGAGGACCCUGCAGACGCCCACGGCUGACUACUGCUCCAUCUCGUGCAAGGUGUCGGCGGGCGCGGACAUGACCCCGUCGGAAGAGGCGGCGAAGGAGGCGGCGGCCGAGUCGGAGGCGGCGGGCGUGGGAACUAGCGGUAAGGGUGCCAAGCGCGACCGGGAGGGGGGCGAGCCGUCAGCCGUCGCCAAGGGGGACGCCGCCAAACCCCGCGUCAAGAAGGAGAAGAAGGAGACGGCGGGGGCGAAAACGAAACCAAAGGGUGAGCCCAGAACCCCGUCCGCGGCAUUGAAGAAGGAGCGGAGUGGGGACGCAAACGGCGUGAACGGCGUGAAGGUGCCCGCCACGAUCAAGACGAACGCGAAGAAGGAGCCGAGGCCGCUCAACUCGCUCGCGGCGAAUGGGCCGGUGACGCCGGCGGACCGGGGCGACGUCAAGAGACCCGCGGCGCCCGGAUCUAGCUCGGGCAAGAAGUCGAGGCUCGGGAGCGAAUCGGACCUGUUGGACGGCCUGGCCGCGGUGCCGUUCGCGCUGGUGUCCAACAGCAGGCGCAAAUCGAGGCCGAAGAAGUCGCCGCACGCGUGA